CACUCGCUUUAAAUUCAAGAAAUCCCACAAGUUCAAGAAGACCUACCAACACUUCCCUCGUAACAUCUCUUAUGCAUCCAGAUAUUCCACCAGCACCGCCACCAUAUUAGUUCCGUGAAAACAAACAUACUCGAUAUAUCUCGCUCAGAUGGCAGCAAAAGACUUCAAGCAUAACGUCCUCUCCUGUCUCACCAGACUCUCCGACCGCGACACCUACUCUGCAGCUGCAACUGAGCUAGAACAAAUCGCGAAAGCGCUUAAGCACGACAACAUCCUGCCUUUCGUAGCCUGCAUCACCGCCACGGACUCUUCUGACAAGUCGCUUGUCAGAAAACAAUGCGUAAAAUUAAUCUCAAUUAUUUCACAAACUCAUGGCAACUUAAUUUCGCCUCAUCUCGCGAAAAUUCUAUCCUCCGUUAUUCGUCGACUCUGUGAUCCAAACUCCGCGGUGAGGUCCGCUUGCAUUGACGCGAUCACGUCCCUUGCGAGUCACGUCACUAAGCCUCCAUUCAGUCUCAUCGCGAAGCCGAUUGUGGAUGCAUUGGUGACCGCACAAGAGAUGAACUUUCAGAGCGGAGCCGCAUUGUGCUUGGCUGCAGCGAUCAAUGGAUCGCCUGAUCCUGAACCGAAUUUUCUUAAAAGAGUGAUGCAGAGGCUGGAGAAGUUGUUGCGGUCAGAGAGCUAUAAGCCGAAAGCGGCCUUGUUGAGCGUUUUCGCGAGUGUGAUUGGAGUUAAUGGCGCGUUGAGUCAGCAAGGAGUGAGGAAUUUGGUGAGUUGUUUGGUUGAAUUUGUGAGUAGUGAGGAUUGGGGAGCGAGGAAGGCUGCUGCGGAGGCGCUGGAGAAGCUGGCAGUUGUUGAAAGAAAUUUGAUGAUCGAGUUUAAGGUGUCGUGUUUGAAGACGUUUGAGGCCAGAAGAUUUGACAAGGUGAAGGUGGUGAGGGAGAGCAUGAAUGAGAUGGUAAAAGCUUGGAGGGAGUUACCGGAUGUACUCAGUGAGGUCUCUCCGACGACUAAAUCUCAGUGUUCUUCUAAUGAAUUUGCUAGUGAUGGACAAAAUCCGCAAAGCUCAAAAAAGUCCAUCGACAGUACUUCUGGAGCUCUGCAAAAGAAGCAGAAUCACAGCUUUGUUAACGAUUCCCCUCGCACCAACGAUCCGUCCCCUGUCAGUGCUAGUAAAACAAGUCUCAACAAAGCAGCUCCAGCAAUGUUCCGAAAGCUUGACAGAGUGAUGCCUACUAACCAGAAAGUUAACACCGCCACUCCUGUGACUGUAGCUUCUGUCGGGAGCAAUUGGAGUGAAAAAGUAUUUGACAACCCUGAGGAGAAGAAAAACAAAAUUGAUGUUCCGAGAGCUAGGUCACACCCUGACCCGGUCCCAUUUAAGGAUAAUGUGUCUGAAUCUAGUGUGGUAGCUAGAAAUGAGACAGAGGAUGUUUACAGAACUGAGAAAGACGGUGAGAAUCUGUCAGUGAUCCAGAAGCAGCUUCUUCAGAUCGAAAAUCAGCAGUCCAUUUUGUUAAAUAUACUCCAGGGAUUUAUUGGUACCUCCCGGAAUGGAAUGCGUGCACUGGAAUCACGAGUUCACGGCCUGGAGUUAGCCUUGGAUGAGAUUUCAUAUGAAUUAGCUGCGCCAAGUGGAAGAAUGUCAAACACGAACUCCACACCAAAAAUUUGUUUCAAGUUACCUGGAACAGGUUUCAUAAAUUCCAAGAUUCGGAGAACAAUCUCCCCGCUGCUUGUCCACAACAUGGCUGAUGAAAACUGCAGAUCAAAUGCAUUUAGAUUGAAGGACAGAAGGUUUCAGCAACAAGGUGACUGUGGGUUUAUUAUAAACCCUUUAGCCGAGGUUCAUGACUACUCUCGUAGAUAAAACACUAAAGAUUGUCUCAGAGAGUCCGAAUAAAUGUCCGCUGUACAGUCUACAGUGUGACAUAUCGAUCACUAAAUUAUUUAAAACGCAUUAUGCUGAGAAAAUCCCGGUAUAGUUUCAAGAUUACUUGCCUUGGAACAAAGGCUGAUCGGAUGUAUAUAGGCUAUAGCAAGAACGUACUAUACUUCCUCUGUACUUAAAUUUCAUAUACUGAAGUUGAAAAUAUAUGUUGCCUACCAGA